UUACCCAGGUCAGCAACAGUGAGUGGUAUGAGAUAGAAUGAAAGGAAAGUUUUGUUUCGCGAUUGAUCGGGGUGGAACUUUUACGGAUGUUUAUUGCAUUUGUCCUGGAGGCAAAGUUCGCACUUUAAAGCUUCUCUCGGUUGAUCCAACAAAUUACAAAGAUGCGCCCACGGAAGGAAUUCGUCGAAUUUUGCACCAGGAAGCUGGUGGACCCAACUCGCAAGAUUCCCCGGUGAACGGGUCUUUAAUAGAAUGGAUCCGCAUGGGAACAACUGUAGCGACGAACGCAUUGCUGGAAAGGAAAGGCGAAAGAUGCGCACUAGUUAUAACGAAGGGCUUCAAAGACCUCUUACACAUAGGAAACCAGGCGAGGCCAAAAAUUUUCGACUUGGAAAUCAAAAUUCCUGGUGUUUUGUACGACGCUGUCGUGGAAGUGGAUGAACGGGUCGUGUUACAAGAUGACCGUUGCUGUUUGGACAAGCGGUCGUGGUCAGAAGAAACCGGAAACAACGGUGAGUUAUGCUACGUCAGAAAGCCAGUGGACGUAGAUACACUGCGGAAAAGGCUAGAAGAGUUGAAAAGGCGAGGUAUCAACAGUUUAGCCGUUGCCUUGAUGCAUUCGUAUAUGUACAAAGCACAUGAGCAGUUGGUGAAGCGGAUAGCGGUUGAAGUAGGUUUCGAAAGCAUUUCCUUGUCUUCCGAAGUCAUGGCAAUGGUCCGUAUCGUCCCAAGGGCAUACACCGCUUGUGUGGACGCAUACCUCACACCACUCAUUACCAGAUAUGUGAGCAACUUCAUAUCAGGAUUCAAGAACUUGGAGAACACCAGCAUCUUAUUCAUGCAAAGCGACGGAGGCCUAACACCGGUAUCUGAGUUCACUGGGUCUCGAGCCAUUCUUUCAGGGCCUGCAGGUGGUGUUGUGGGAUAUGCGUACACCACGCAUGCCACCUCAAAUCGUCCCAUCAUUGGCUUCGACAUGGGUGGCACAUCAACAGAUGUCAGUCGAUAUGCAGGACAGCUUGACCAUAUCUUCGAGUCUGUAACCGGGGGAGUAACAAUACAGGCGCCACAAUUGGACAUUGUGACUGUGGCUGCCGGUGGCGGAUCAGUGUUGUCUUUCGUUGCUGGGCUGUUUCAUGUGGGUCCCGAAAGUGCUGGAGCUCAUCCGGGACCUGCGUGUUACAGGAAAGGUGGUCCUUUGACAAUUACGGAUGCCAAUUUAGUACUUGGGAGAUUGCUGCCGCAGUAUUUCCCGUGUAUCUUUGGCCCCGAAGAAAACGAGUCAUUGAACAUCGAAGCUUCGCGCUACAAAAUGACCGAAGCUAUGAACGCCGUCAACGAAUUCCGUCGUGGCGAAGCUGCCCGUGAAGGCCGACCGUUCGAGCCCAUGACCGUGGAAGAAGUCGCCAUGGGGUUCGUUCGGGUAGCCAACGAAACCAUGAGUCGCCCGAUUCGCAACCUCACGCAAGCACGUGGUUACGACACGCGCGACCACGAAUUGGCGUGCUUUGGUGGCGCCGGGGCCCAGCAUGCGUGUUCGGUGGCCAGAGCGCUGGGAAUGAGUCGGGUGCAUGUCCACAAAUAUGCCGGAAUUCUUUCGGCAUUCGGCAUGGCACUUGCAGAUGUGGUCGAGGAGGCGCAAGAGUUCUGUGGCCGCGACUUGGACUCUGGCAGCGAAGAGUACAUCUUGAGGCGUUUCGAGUAUCUAGAAUCAAACGCCGGCGAGAAGUUGAAGCAGCAUGGGUUCCGAGAUGCCGACAGCAUCAAGUUCGUGCGUUACCUGCACCUACGGUAUGAAGGCACGGACUACGGACUGAUGUGCCAGCAGGAGAAACGAGACAGUGUCGACGCGGCCGGGUUUCGAAAGGAGUUCGAACGAAAGUACCUUCAAGAAUUUGGGUUCAUCAUGUCGGAAAGAAGGGUGAUCGUUGACGACAUCCGGGUUCGUGGCACUGGACAUGUGUAUGUGCAAGAGGCUAAACCUGGCCCUCGUGUCGCCGAUGCUCCCAAGGCGGACAGUGUUGUACAGGUUUAUUUCGUUGGGGGAUACCGUUCUACUAAAGUUUACCUGAUGAAAGACCUCAGCCCCGAACACACAAUUCAGGGCCCUGCCAUUGUGAUCGACGAUUUAUGCACGAUUUUGGUGGAUCCGGACAGUGUUGCGAACAUAACAUCUUCCGGCGAUAUUCAAAUUGACGUUGGUUCGCGAGAGCCUGUGGACUCGAAGAAAAUUGCACAGGACAGUGUAGAUCCGAUCCAGUUGUCGAUUUUCUCUCAUCGGUUCAUGAGCAUAGCAGAGCAGAUGGGUCGUGUCUUACAGCGAACUGCAAUAUCAACAAACAUCAAAGAAAGAUUGGAUUUCUCCUGCGCGCUUUUCGGCCCCGACGGAGGACUUGUAUCCAACGCACCGCACAUUCCAGUACACUUGGGCUCGAUGCAACACGCAGUUCAGUACCAACUGCAAUCUGGUACCCCGUUGCUGGAUGGUGACGUGAUUCUUUCCAACCAUCCAAGUGCAGGAGGCACGCAUCUUCCGGAUUUAACCGUCAUCACGCCUGUAUUCCGUCCCAACGCAUCUACGUCUACGGAAAAGCCCGUGUUCUACGUCGCCAGUCGAGGUCAUCACGCCGACAUUGGCGGAUCACGGCCAGGAUCCAUGCCUCCCGACUCGCGGACAAUCCACGAAGAAGGUGCUUCCUUCAAAGCAUUCAAAAUCGUGUCUAGUGGCAAGUUCAAUGAGGACGAGUUGCGGAAAGAGUUCGCGAAGCCGGGAGAACAUCCUGGGUGUUCUGGAACUCGCAACAUCGUUGACAAUCUGGCGGAUCUGAAAGCACAGAUUGCGGCGAACCGGAAAGGUAUCCUCUUGGUUAACGAACUCAUCGACCAUUACGGACUACCGAUGGUACAGUCGUACAUGCGGCAUAUUCAGAAGAAUGCGGAGCUGGCUGUUAGAGAUCUGCUGAAGGCUAGAGCGAAAACGAUGCAGUCGGCGUCGGCGAGUUUCUUGGACGGAGAGUUGGGAGACGAAGGAGCUGGAGCUGUGGUGCAUCGCGGAGGAGUGGUGGAUCGACCCGUGCAGCUGACUGCGGUUGACUCCAUGGACGACGGCACCAAGAUCAGGUUGUGUGUGAGCAUUUCGCCCAAAAGCGGCGACGCUGUGUUCGAUUUCACUGGAACUGGGCAUCAGGUAUGGGGCAACUGCAAUGCCCCACCGGCCAUCACAUACUCGGCAAUAAUCUAUUGUUUGCGUUGCAUGGUGGCUCGAGAUAUCCCGUUGAACCAAGGUUGUUUGAACUCGGUUCGGGUAAUAUUGCCCGCAGGCAGCAUUUUGAAGCCCCGUGAAGACGCUGCUGUUGUCGGAGGCAAUGUUCUGACGUCGCAGAGACUCGUGGAUGUGAUCUUCAAGGCCUUUGGCGCAUGUGCCGCUAGUCAGGGCUGUACGAAUAAUCUCACGUUUGGAGACGAAACGUUCGGCUACUAUGAGACCAUUGCCGGAGGAUCUGGGGCUGGCCCGCAUUGGCACGGACGAAGCGGGGUCCAUACCCACAUGACCAACACGCGAAUCACGGAUCCCGAGAUUUUAGAACGUCGUUACCCGGUGAUCCUGGAGGCGUUUUAUUUGCGAGAAGGCAGCGGCGGUAAGGGACGAUACAAUGGAGGCGACGGAGUGCAACGUUUCUUGCGGUUCCGGCGCCCGAUGGACGUCUCGCUGUUGACGGAGAGGAGAGUCUUCCAGCCCUACGGCAUGUUCGGGGGAUGUGACGGACAAUCUGGUUUGAACUUGUUGCACCGGAUGGACGGAGAUUACAUCAAUUUGGGCUCGAAAGCAUACGUUAGGGUCGCUCCGUCGGAUGUCCUGGAAAUUCACACGCCUGGCGGAGGAGGCUGGGGAGGCAACUACAACGACGAGGAAGAUGAAGGCUGCCUGUUGGACGAAGACAUCGAGACUGCGGCUUCACUGAAAGCACAAGCGUUACAGAAUGCUGACUGAAUCUCGUUUUUCCGACAGCCCGUCGCUUGGAUUACCCUUCCUGUGGUUCUGUUUCCUAAAUUUGUAAGUCUAAUGUCGCGAGCGGAUCGUAGGAAAAAAAGCGAACGUGUCGCCGACUGCGUUCGAUUUCGCGUGAUGAGAUUAAAUCCAUGGCUUACCUGAUCCCGAAGAUAUACAUAUUCCCCGGGUUUCACCGCGUUCCGUCUUCCUGUGAAAUGUUCUCCCCGUGAAUGUCGCUGUCUUUCGACCCGGAAUAUUGUGAUUGUCGAGUGAAUUUAUUAGAAGCACUCCGCGAAAAUGGAAGUAGGAUGACGACGCGCUCUGAUGUGUGUUGCAAUUUUUCGGCGAGGAAUGCUAUCAUAGCUUUCAAAGUGCACUUAUAAGUCGUUCUCUCGCUAGGAAAAAUGAAACGUACCUGUUAAAACUUUUCACGACCAGAAAAGAAGGAAAUCUUAACAUUCGAGGAUCAGAGAGGUAUUUAUGCUGGACUACUCCUGGAAUGAUGCACGUCUUGUGAUAAUUUUUUUAUUUUCAAAAUGCAUCUUCGCUUGAUUCCAUGGUCAUGUUCCGUGGUGUGAGUUGUGAAAUCGUUAGAUUUUCAAACUAGCAAAAUACUGUAAAAGGAAUUGUGAAUUCAGAGAAGGUUUAAAUCAAGGUGGAAUCUAGUUAGUGCCCCCAAUAACGUGAGUCCACCACUCCAAUAAAUCGCAAUUCAAUGGAAAAAAAAUACUGUGUAUGGCGGUAUGAUUCUUUCCGGAACUCCCGACCUUCCCUGAAGCUUUUAUUUUUUUAGCAUUUAUAUCAGUUAUGCAAUAAUUUCGUUGAGGAAGUAAGCUGAAUCCAAUGAGUUCAGUUCUAGUUAAAAUCGCCUAGCUUUUAAUCAUAGUAACCGAAAAUCCUAGAUCGUAUUUUGCUGACGAAUUCGAGAUUUUUCCAUUAGAAGAGUUUAGAUCAAGUUUACUUUUGUUAAUUGUGAUAGAUGUUUUUUUCCCGUCAAGUAUGUUACGUUUAAUUAGUUCAACGACGCAAGCGACUCCUGUAUGAUUUUCUCCAACAGAGCUGAUGCGCUACUUACGGGGAAAUUAUUCAUUCAGAUUAUUUUUCGAGCAAAGUCAAUCUGCAUCUUUUCAACGAAAUCUUCCGCAAAAUUUUCCUUUCGCGUGAAUGUUGCUGUUUGGCUUGGAUACGUCUCUAGAUCAUUAAUAGAAAGCUAGGAGUUAUGGAAAUAACACUUCGAAAGCCUGUGUUCUGCUAUUCGGAUGGGGUGGUCAUUAUGCUGAUGGAUCUGCAUUCGGGAUGAAAUUGUAAGAAUUUUUUUCGAAAAUUCACGGAAUCUGUGGUAAUCUCUCAAGUUCAUUCGCGACAGUAAGUUCGAAUAGCUUCAUUCACAGAGCGACUCAGUUUUGAUGCCGAGGGUUUUUAUAUCAACGGUAUGAAAUCCAUUUGUUGCUCUGUUUGAAAAGUUACUGUUCGACGAGGAAUCCGAAGAAACAGUGAGCGACUGAUGAAAAACUAAGUCGAAGCUGUUCAGAGCAGUUGUGUGAAGUCAGUCGCUUCAACGAGACCAAUCCGUCGAUUGGGGAUAUGAUGCAAGGAAAGUUGUUCUUCAAACUAGAUUGCCGUUUUAUUUUUAUUUUUUCCUCGCGACAUUCCGGCGUUUUUUUGUGUGGUUGAAGAAGAAAGGCAUCAUUACCCCGA